GUCGGACGCGAUCUGAAGUCGGACGUUUUUGGACCCGUUUUUCUGUCGAUUUUAGACAGUUCAGCAUGUAAACAAGUGUACAUUAACCGAAAUAAAUAUUUAAACCAAUAAAAUAAGUCGUUUGUCUGUUGUGGCGUACUUCCCAGCAUUCCUGAAGUUCAUUUCUAAAAAUACCUUCACGGGCGCGAAUUUCAAAAUUGACAACGCAAAAGAAGACCAGAAAUGGAGCGGAUGGACAGUUUCUCAAAUCCCAUGGCACCCCCAGAGAUGAUGGAUGAUGACCAAAUGGGGGAUGACCAUCAUCAGCUGAGCAAUGCAGAUUUCCGAAAGUUGUUGAUGACCCCUCGAGUCCCGAAGUCUGGCACCUCCUCAAAGUCUGCCCCAGUACGGAAACCCAGCGAGACAAACAUUGAAGAUGAUGAUGAUCCUGCCUCUAGGAGAAGGAAGAAGAAAAUCUACUAUGCCAAACUCAAGCGUCUGGAAGAAGAAAGGCAAAAGGAACUGGCUGAGAAGUAUCGUGAUCGCGCCCAGGAGCGUAGAGAGGGUCAGACAGACGGUCCGGCAGACCUGGUGAGCACCACAGCAGACUACAGGGCUGUUGCGCCAGACGCAAAGAGCAUUGAGAACUAUGCAGAGAGGAGGAAACAGGUGAUCCAGGAGUCCAAAUACCUCGGUGGUGAUAUGGAGCACACUCACUUGGUGAAAGGCCUUGACUAUGCUUUGCUGGAGAAAGUGCGAGCAGAAAUCUCCAGCAAAGAACGAGAGGAAGAGCAAGAAAUGGAGGAUGUUGUCAUGGCGUCUGCUGCACCGAAAGAGAAGAAAGAAAAGAAGGAGGAAGAGCCAGAGGAGAACAUACAGUUUAAGACCAAGAUGGGUCGCAACAUUUAUCGCACGCUGUUCAGAGCUAAGGAAACUGUGAGGAACGAGCUGUUUUUACCCGGGCGGAUGGCCUAUGUGGUUGACCUGGAAGAUGAGUUUGCAGACUCUGAUAUUCCAACCACUACGAUUCGCAGCAAGGCAGACUGCCCCAGUUUAGAGACCACGACCACACUUACCACAAAUGACAUCGUCAUCAACAAACUGACCCAGAUUUUAUCUUACCUGCGGCAAGGUCGACGUGAAAGCAAGAAGAUGAAGAAACUUAAAGGGAAAUCCAAAGAUGCAGAAAAGAUGUCCAAAAUGCCAGGGGCAGAUGAUAACAUUUAUGCUGAUCUGGCUGACUAUGCCCCAACGGUGGGUAAAGGAAAGGAGAAACGGGAUCGCAGGGACCGGGAACAUGAACGGGAUGACAGGCGGGAUAGGGAUCGGGACAGGGAUCGCGAUAGGGAUCGUCGUGACAGGGAUAGAGAGCGGGACAGGCGGGAUAGGGAGCGGGACCGCAGGGAUCAGGAUAGGGGCAUGAUUAACAUCAAGGAGGAGAAACCAGACCGCAGGAGGAAGUCUUACUUCGAGAAACCUGUAGAAGAGGAUGAGGACAGAUCCAAGUCCCAGCAGGAUGUACAGGAGCUGGUCAAGACAGUAACUGACAGAUACAGGGGCUUUGCAGAGAUUGAGGAUGAAAAAGAAAAGAAAGCUCAACAGAAGGAAGAAGAAAGAAGGAAGAAAUUAAAGGAGAAAUUAGAAGAAGUGGGCUAUGCAGAGUGUUAUCCCGGCAUGAUGGAGACAGCCGAUGCUCUUGACGACUCUGAUGACGAGGUAGACUACACCAAGAUGGACCAGGGCAACAAGAAGGGGCCCAUAGGGCGCUGGGACUUCGACACACAGGAGGAGUACAGUGAAUACAUGUCCAACAAAGAGGCACUGCCCAAGGCAGCAUUCCAGUAUGGUGUCAAGAUGUCGGAUGGCAGGAAAACCAGGAGGGCAGGGCCUAAAGAUGAGAAGGCGGAGCUUGAUCGCCAAUGGCAACAGAUCCAGAACAUCAUGAAUAAACGCAAGGGGGGUGACGGGUACCGAGAUGACUCGAAGAAAAUGAAAUACUAAGCUGUUUUAAAUAUUCAAACAGACUUGAGAAUGUCUUGUUUAUAUGUCUUAAUAUGAUGUUUGUUUAUUUUACAGUUUUAUAAACCUGCUUCUUUAUUUUAUAAAUACAAUGUGUAGUGGUAAAUUGCUGUGGUAUUUUUUGGUACUUAAGUUGUGUCUAUAUGUUAAAUUUUAAUGAAUAUUAAAUUAAUAAUCAUUUAAACAGUUCAGUUUUUAUGACAUAAAAUGAGAUUUUGUGAAAACCUCCAGAAUGAAGUGCUUUACAGACCCAUGUCUGGUUAAAUAUAGCUCACUUUUGUGAACGCUUAAAUAAUCCUUUCAGUGACAAGUAUUGUAUAACAUUGUUUUGGGAAAUAUACUUUGUAACUAAAUGUGUAGGUAAUUUUCUGUAAAAAACUCAAAAACUUAUAAGACUUGUUUGAACGUUGUUUUUUUCAGAUGAUAUUAUUAAUGUUCGACAAAAUGGUUCAUUAAAAACACUAUAGCCUAUUGCAUGUUUUUCAUCACUACAAUAUGACAUAAAGCUGAGUAUUUAUGAUACGUUUCUUCAAAAGUAUAGCCAAAAACCUAUUGGAAGGCGUGACUAUACAUAAAUCAUAUUUUCGUGUUAUUGUAAAUAAAAAAUACAUUGUAAAUACUUCAUAACAAUUUAUUGCAUAUGUUAAUUAAUAACAAUUUAUUAAAAAUAGUCUACAAUCAAAAACACAAAAUUAUCAUUUGUAACAAGAUAUACAUGAGGAUUUAUAACAAAAAUAAUAACCUAAAACAUGUCAUAGCCAAUUUGUAAAUACUUCAAUUUAAUGAAUUUUAAUAAUCAAUUUUACUUGCACCGAAAUAAAUGAUAAUAUCUUAUGUCACAUUGUCUUAAAAAUAUUUAUGAAUUCUUAUUUCGCCUGAUUUUUGCUUGUGGAUAAUUUGGGCUCCAUCUUCAGACAAAAUUGCCUGUAAAAACAGACUAGUAUACCUUAUUUUUACGACGAUUUGUUAUCCACCUGCUUUAUUGCACAAUUUCUCACAAUCUCCUAAAAUAUAUUAAUUUUGCACAAAAAAACACGGUUUGUGCACUUUGUUGACUUGUUUCAUUUUCAGUUUGAAAUGAGUUCAAAACAGCGUAGAACAAAUGCGGAGAAAAUAAUUGAACAUUAAUAAUUUUAUCUAAUUAAUGUAAAUUGAAAAAUGUGAUACAUCUCCUUUGUAUUUGCACACAAUAAACACUCACACGUACACACUCACUUCUUUCUGAUUUCUAUGAGAAAAAAUAUUUUCAAUACAGACUCAGUUUUAUACUUACAAUUACCACAUCAAAGGCUUCUCAAAAUAUACGUGUACAGUUAAUGAGUAUUAAAGAACGGAUUUGCCUGUGUAUGGUGUAAAUAAAAUUUAAUAAAAAUUUAUGUUUUUUUCUGUCCUAAUUUCAACAAUUGAUGUAUGUUUUUUGUUCGGUUCAAAAGAAAUGACUGCACUAAAAAAUUUAACCACAUGGAGUAUGAAAUGUAGAGUAAAUGAAUGUAUCACGAUGGCAAAAUCCAAUUUUUUACGAUUGUACGCCAUUUUGACAUAGAUCCAUUUUCAGGCUCAUGUUUUCGUUUAACGUCCCUGUUCGUACAAAUACAGUUUACUGUUAUAUGAAA